GGCUGUGUGUAUAUAUCUCGAUGCGUGUGUGCGCGCGCGAGCGCGAGAUCAGCUCCCGAAACCCAAGUGAGGCGGUCACCGAGACGAGCGCGAGAGCGAGAGGGGCGAUCUAUCCGACCAACAUGGCUACAAUUCCAACCUCGACGAGGUUUACGGACGAAUAUCAGCUUUAUGAAGAGCUCGGAAAGGGCGCCUUUUCCAUCGUCCGGCGAUGUGUGAAGAAAUCAACCGGGCAGGAAUAUGCUGCUAAAAUUAUCAACACAAAGAAGCUGACGGCGAGAGAUCAUCAGAAAUUGGAGCGCGAAGCUCGGAUCUGCCGUCUGCUCAAACACCCCAACAUAGUGCGACUCCAUGACAGUAUCUCAGAAGAAGGCUUUCAUUACCUUGUCUUUGACCUUGUCACUGGUGGAGAGCUUUUUGAAGACAUUGUUGCUAGAGAGUAUUAUAGUGAAGCUGAUGCCAGCCACUGCAUUAAUCAGAUCCUGGAGAGCGUGAGCCACAUUCACCAGCAUGACAUUGUGCACAGGGACCUGAAGCCAGAGAACUUGCUGUUGGCCAGUAAGAUGAAGGGGGCGGCAGUAAAGUUGGCUGAUUUUGGGCUGGCCAUUGAGGUGCAGGGAGACCAGCAAGCAUGGUUUGGUUUUGCCGGGACUCCUGGGUAUCUCUCCCCUGAGGUUCUGAGGAAGGACCCGUACGGCAAGCCUGUUGACAUCUGGGCAUGCGGUGUGAUCCUGUACAUCCUGCUGGUGGGCUACCCCCCAUUCUGGGAUGAGGACCAACACAAACUCUACCAACAGAUCAAAGCAGGAGCUUAUGAUUUUCCCUCUCCAGAGUGGGACACUGUUACUCCAGAGGCCAAAAACCUCAUCAACCAGAUGUUGACCAUCAACCCAGCUAAGAGGAUAACUGCUGACCAGGCCCUCAAGCACCCAUGGGUCUGCCAACGCUCCACUGUGGCUUCCAUGAUGCAUCGCCAAGAGACUGUUGAGUGUCUGCGCAAAUUCAAUGCCAGGAGAAAACUGAAGGGGGCCAUUCUGACUACCAUGCUUGUGUCUAGAAACUUCUCUGUGGGCCGGCAGCACACGAGCCCCGCCGCCCCUACCACCAGCACAGCUGCGCUGGCACAGGAAGCAUGCAAAAGUUUACUGAACAAAAAGUCUGAUGGAGUGAAGCCACAGACAAACAACAAUAAAAACAGUGUAGUAAGCAGCAGCACCAAAGACAGCAGCAUAUCAUCCACAGCACCAAUGGAACCACAGACCACUGUCGUGCACAACCCAGCCGACGGCGUCAAGGGGUCCAUGGAGAGUUGUAACACUACAGAAGAGGAGGACAUGAAAGGUAGGAAAGUUGGCAAGGUUAACAGUGACGGCGCAGUGCUCAGCCAAUGCAGUGCGUCUGAGGAGACACCUCCUCCCCUGAUCCCACCUCCUACGCGCAAGCAGGAAAUCAUCAAAAUUACUGAACAGCUGAUUGAAGCCAUCAACAAUGGGGACUUUGAAGCCUAUACGAGAAUCUGUGACCCUGGUCUGACCUCCUUUGAGCCCGAGGCAUUGGGCAACCUAGUGGAAGGCAUGGACUUUCACAAGUUCUACUUCGAGAACCUCUUGAGUAAGAAUAGCAAGCCAGUGCACACCACCAUCUUAAAUCCCCACGUGCAUCUGAUCGGAGAGGAUGCAGCCUGCAUCGCUUACAUCCGUCUGACUCAGUACAUUGACAGCCAGGGCCGCCCGCGCAGCUGCCAGUCAGAGGAGACGCGCGUGUGGCACCGCCGUGAUUCCAAGUGGCUCAAUGUGCACUUCCACUGCUCAGGAGCACCUGCUGCCCCUUUACAAUGAACUACACCAGGCACAGCUUGCCUGGAUGAUUGGAGCAUGUCUUCUCAGUGGUCGGAUUGGUGCCAGGGGCCCGGCCGGAAGAGAAAACAUAAGAGGUUAAAAAUCACGCAACAAAGUAAAAAAAAUAAAAAAUUUAAAGCCAGCUGAGGCCAGCACCACUUCAGUCCAACUGUAGCUAGACGUGGGGGCCGGCGAUGGCAGUGGCCCCGCCCUCCGAAUGCUGCAUGCUUCUGAUGCCCACAGGGGGCGCUGUCUCGUCCUUUCCCCAUGAGCCCAUCUCUUCUGCCCGUCGUUCAGCAAGAGUGUUUCAAGUAUUAAUAUGUUGUACAUUUUUUGAGAUUGUCAAUCCUCACACAGUUAGCAGGGCUGAAAGUGAUGGAGGUUUAAAAUCAGAAAUGUGAAUAUUUCAGUGGCUGGUGGUGUUUCUUUUUCUUUUCUUUUCUUUUUUUUUUCUUUUCUUUUUUUUUGUUAAUGUGUGUAUAGCUGAUUUCAGCAAACCAAUGGUAUGCGUGGGAUAUUUGAGGAGCUUAACUAAAUUCUUACUUAAUAUCAGAAGAAAAUAUCACCAAAGUGUAGAAUUUAGACUUUGACAUGAAGUUGUUUUAGCAACCCUUUGAUUUGGUUGACGAUUGGAGGCGUGUAGGAAUGUUUUUAGUAUCUUUUAGGUUUUGUUGUUUUUUUUUUUUGUGUGUGUGUAACUCCGUUUUUAUCACUUGAAUGAUGCUGUAUUUGGAAUUUCUUUGUGUUUUCAAAAAAUUCAGAUUUUUAAAAGCAAGGCACGUUCUGUAUAGUUCUACACUGAUGUUUAUAGCGAGAGAAAGAAAAGAGCGUGUGUGUAUGGUGUUUGUGCGUGAUAUGCGGCCUACUUGGCACUCCUUGCUUUGUUGUGCUGUAAGAAGCCCGUGUACACACACACACACACACACACACACACACACACACACACAUCGGCACACGCGUGCCUAAACACACCCUGACAAGUGUUCAGUCAGUUUACUUACCUGCGUGUCUAUUUGCAGCUAUAUAAUAUCCUACUUGUUAGAACCUGAAGUUUCAGAACACUCGCUUCACUUUAUUCGCGUGUUCAUAAUCUCCUUCUGACCAAUAGGAGGAGCUUAAACACUAUUCACCUCAUCGUGGCUCUCAGAUCGCUUCUUCUCUCUUACACCUUUGGAUCAGCUUCCUAGAGCUCCAGCUACAUAUGCUUAUACGUUUGUUUGUUUUUUCUAGACUCUUAUGAAGCAUGUUUGAAUCGAAUAGAAAUGGCCUGUACUGUUUUGCACAUAAGCCUGAGACGCUGUGCUGUUGUGUUCACAUUGCGUGGACUUUUCUGCAACUUCAGGUUAGAAAAUCCCAGACGGACCCCAACACCAGCCCACAGCUGAUAUACACUCCGUCCGUGUGUGUGUGUGUGUGUGUGUGUGUGUGUGUGUGUGUGUCUGCACAGUGACUGUGUUGUUCUAUUUGUGACGUACCGUCAGUUCUUCCACUCCCUGUUCCGUCCCCGGACUCACUGUGAGUGACGCUCGAGCAUGUUUAACAGAGGAAAGGGAGUGCGAGGUGGAUAAACUCGCGGAUCAUGUGACCAUCAGCUGAUUUGAGAUUGGAGAAAGCGAUCAUGCUAAAGCCAGGUGGUUUGUAGGUCCCUUUGUGACACUUUGUGUUGUACUGUUCUAAUGUUAGUGUUCUUAGUGUUGAUGUUUAUUCUGGAUCAUAUAAUUUUUUUUUUUAAUGUAAAUACGUACACAGUGCCCAUUCGUAGAUGAAGGGUGGAGCCUAGGCUGUGCCAAACGUGCACGUCCGUCCGUCGUCCCUGUAUACACACAGCACACACCCAAGAUACUCCUAGACGCACUCCACCAUGCACUGGUAAAAUCAAUCAUGUUGUAAAUGCAAAUUGUCGUGUGUAGGUUUUGACACUGGUGUGGCUGUGUUACUGCUCUCGAACACAGUGUGCUCCCUUUAAGGCAUAUCUGUGUGUGUAUCAGUGUGACAUCAUGUGUGUGACACCUUUUCACUGUAGUAACGUAGAUUUUAUGUGUGAAUAUCAGUGAAUUUAAAGGGGAAAGGAUUACAACCAGACCCCUUCACCUUGUUCAAAGCAAUUCUGCUUAUCGAUCACACUUGAUGGAUGAAAAAAAAGAAAAGAUGAAUCCCUGUUCAUCAGUCACACGGAGCUUAACAUGGCAGAAAGUACACAGCGCAGCACUGUGACACCCGCCACCCCAUCACACUGUGUUCCUGUUUUGCGCCCUGGUGCAUUGUGUGUACAGUUCCAGUGUGGUGAUGUUUGGGGUCUCUGUAGUGUCUGUUCUGAGGCCCGUCGUCGUGCAUCCACACAGCCAUGCGGAAUGUUUAUGUUUAUAUGAACAACACAACCCGGUUUAUUCCAUAUUGAGUAUGAAAGCAGAAAACCUAUCAAAUUGAGGAGAGAAAUGGAUGACGGCGUCUCAGAUAUAGGAAAAGAUUCCUGUCAGACAACGUGCAUUUAGCUUGUAAAGUGAGGGUGAGCUCUUGAUAUGCUAGCUGAAAUAGCUCCAACAGGCUGCUCACUUCUAACGACCGAACCAUAUAUGCAGAUGGACAGAAGGAGGAAAAUAUGCAUGUCUACUCUGGUAAUAUUUUUCACUGUCUGUGUUUACUUAAAAAAUGGAAAAAUCUAUCUAUCUAUCUAUAUGUAUGUUACCUGCAUUCUCGAGAUAAUUGAAAAUGGCUCUGUUUCAAAUGCUAAAAUGAAGUGAUGUAUCACAAACAAAACAAAAAAAGGACAAAAAAAGAUUAACAAAGCCUUAGCUUGGUAUGUUCCCCAGAUUCUAUUCAAUUUAUUGCAUUGUAACCAUAUGAUGGUUCUACAUAUGACUAUACUCAGUUUUAAUUGGAUGCUGGAUUUUUUUGCAUGAUCAUACAAUUAAUAAAACCAUUUAAAAAUGAAGAAAAAAAAAAGAGAGUUAAAAAAUAUCAAGUGUUUGUUUGAAUGUCUGUAGAUCUUCAUGAUAGCUUUGUUAUUAUUGAAACAUGGGAAAGUAUUUAAUAAAAACAUUUAAACAUAA